GCCAGCGUCUCUCACUCACUUGAGCUCUUGUCUUGUUGAUAUCGGCUCCGGGUGUCGCCGGAGAAAGAGGCUCUCUCAACCAUCGACAAGACGAUGGAGCCGUUGAUAAAGAUACAUUCCGGGGCGACAAAAUGGGACGUUCGUCAGAAAGUUUGGGACUUCGUCGAAGAAAAGAAUCUCGCCAACUUUCCGAGGCCUGUUCACAACAGAAUCCCCAAUUUCAAGGGUGCCUUUUCGGCCUGUGCCAGAGCCUCUGAGCUCCCGGUGUUUACCCAGACAGCUGAGGUGAAGGUGGAUCCUGAUAAGCCUCUGGAGGGUGCCCGGCUGGCAGUGUUACAGGCAAGCAAGACUCUGUUGGUCCCCACCCCUCGUCUUCGGACUGGUCUCUUCAACAAGAUUACACCUCCUCCAGGGGCCAACAAAGAACAACUGCGUGUGUGCGCCACCUCUCAGGGUGUGAAGGAGUUCAGUGUGCCUGUUGGCCUGGAUGCCAAGAUCAAGGUGGACCUGGUGGUGGUUGGCUCUGUGGCAGUGUCUGAGAAAGGCUAUCGGAUAGGAAAAGGGGAAGGCUUUGCCGACAUGGAGUACGGCAUGAUGGCCUCAAUGGGGGCUGUGAACGAGUCCACUGUGGUGGUUACUGUUGUCCAUGAUUGCCAGAUUGUGGACAUCCCAGAGGAGCUGAUAGAGAGCCAUGACCUGACGGUGGACUACAUUCUCACCCCCACGAGGGUCAUUAAGACGGAGUGCCAACAGCCCAAACCACAGGGCAUCAUCUGGGCCAAGCUGGAAACAGACAUGCUGGAAAAGAUCCCCAUCCUGAAGAAGCUGCGGGCCCUGGAGGAGCAGGCAGGCAAGGAUGUGACCCUGGGGACCGCACCCACUUCAGGAUCCGUGAAGGCCCGCGGAAAAGAACCUAGUCUCCAGGCAGAUGGUGAGCCCAAAAGACGGACCAGACGGGGGCCGAGACAAAAGACACAGCUUGCUGCUGAAGGAGAAUCACAACGGGAUCCUAGAGAAGAGAGCGGAGAGGAGUUGGAACAGAAACUUCGACCGCGUCCCGCCAGAGCGAGGAAAGAAAGCAGAGGAGAGAGAGAUGGAAACGGAAUUGUUGAGGGCAACAGCGAUGGUAGGGGGGGAAGCAGUCAGAUGGGAAAGGGGACAGCUAGUGAAAGUCGAAGGGAGAGGAAAGAAAGGGCACUCGAGGAAGGGAGAAGUGAGGCAAUGUCCCAACGCAAACUCCCCCUCUGUGUAACCACAGUCUAUCUUGGAGGCAUCCCCGCUGGGCUGCGUGUUAGUGAGCUGAAGACAGCCCUCCGAGAGAAGGAGGCAGGGCCACUGAGGCUCACAUGGCAGGGAGCUCGGCACCGGGCCUUCCUGGACUACAGCGACUCUCAGGCUGCCGACCAGGCCCUCGAGGCCCUGCAGGGCUUCUCUGUGAAUGGCCACAGUCUGCAGGUUGAGCUGGCGAAGAACCAGAGGGGGGGCAAAAGGCCUGGACCACCCAAUAGGAGACCCCAAUCAACAACAGCUCCCCAAACCGAAAUACAAACAGAGAGCCCCAGUGACGCCCAUGAGGAGGUUCCCGAGUAAUGGAAAUAUACGAGUAUUACACGUUGAACCAUGUUAAUUGCCUCGAGCAGUGUAUGGUUUGUUUCAGUUAUCUUGUUUACAUUAGAGGCUCACUCGGAUGACCUCGGACACAUGCAGUUGCUACUUAUCCUAAUAUGCAUAAGAAAGCAGAUAUUGUAUUGAAUUAUUUUUUGCUGAGUCCUGGGAACUCCUAGCAUUUCACCUGCAAAAUGGAUUGUACCUUGAUUGUUGCCUUGAUUUAUUUACACACAUAUAUGUACAUAUGCAAACAUACACACAAAGGUAGGGCUAGGCAGACUGUUCCCCAAAAUCUCCAUAGCCAAAGAAGUUACGAUAUAAUCUUAAAAUAUUCCUCUCUUGAAAAGAAACUUGGGAAAUUCUCAUUUCAAUAUAUUUUGUGUUCUUAACCAAGUACAACUGACCACCAAAUUCUACACUCGCUAGCUGUCGGAACAAAUUAUAGAGUCAGAUGAAGAACUACUUGAAAUGUGCCUGCUGUUAGACCCAGUUUAAGCUUCCGAUUGCCAUGUGAGAUGUUAUAACCAUGCCAGUCUGUAUUAUAGUAAGGGGGGAAGGAAUUUACACGUAUUCGUGCCACAGCAUUUUUCACACACAGUUCAGGCUGUAUAGCAAGGCUGUUAUACUCUUGAUUUUCAGGAUUUGUUGAUUAUUCAAUAAACCAUAUAUCAAAUUAAAAGAAAUGAUUUUGUUGUUUUCUUUAUAAAAUUGAUUUAGAGGAGUAUGAUGUCACUACCUCAGUAUGAUGGAAGUACUUCAGCAUACUGGGGUAUUUGUAUUGCAGCAUACCAAGAAUGAGAGUCCACCGAACUGCUGUCCAAAAACCCCUUGUCAAGUGCUGCAAACUUAUUUAGCAGUCUGCUUGCUAUAUUGGCUUAGGCAUUCUUCAUACUCUCUCCCUCUGCUACUUUCUCUUUUUAAAUGCCAAUGGGCAGUCCACUUGCAGAAUUUUUUUUUUUGAAAAUUAAGGAAAAGCUUGAGUGCAGAGAGUUGACAGUGUUGCAUCUGAUAUUAUUGCAUAAGGAAAGACUUGAGCGUGUUACACUACGUAGUACAUUAUGAUGAAUGCACCAAGAUGAAAUGGCAGUACCUUCCCUCGCUAUUUAACAACCAAAAGCUGCUGUAGCUUGUCG